AUGGCGAAAGAAGAUCAAGGACUUGCCAUAGGAAUCGACCUUGGCACAACCUACUCCUGUGUUGCAGUGUGGCGUGAACAUCAUUCUCGAGUGGAUAUCAUUCAUAAUGACCAAGGCCACAACACCACUCCUUCUUUUGUUGCUUUCACAGAUCAUGAAAGGUUGAUUGAUGCCAAGAGAUUGAUAGGUAGGAAAUACAGUGAUCCUGAUGUUCAGAAAGAUAUGAUGUCAUGGCCAUUCAAGGUUGUCGCUGGUGCUAAUGACAAACCUAUGAUCACCCUUAACUAUAAAGGUAAGGAGAAACAAUUUUGUGCUGAGGAAAUUUCAUCCAUGGUCCUGGUGAAGAUGAAAGAGAUUGCAGAGGACUAUUUGGAAACCAGGGUGAAGAAUGCGGUGGUUACUGUGCCUGCUUAUUUCAAUGACUCUCAGCAGAAUUUCAGUUCAAAAGUUUGCUCAGAAGACAGGAAAAAGAUCAGUUCUGCAAUAACUAAGGCCACAGAGUUACUUGAUGGUGAUCAGCAGGAGGAGGAAAUAGAUGUGUUUGAGGAUCAUCUGAAAGAACUUAUUAACCUCUUUGAACGCUUUGUUAAAGAGUCUGAUUAG